UUCCAUUCCAAAAUUUCCCGAAGACCUGAUACGACAUAACUAUUGGAUACUGCAAACAGCGACUUAAUGGCUAACUACCAAUAGGGUAGCUUACCUCUCACCCUUUUUUCACAAGCUGUGAGGUAUCAAACGCAUCCUGGAUGGACCUGGGUGACAACAGCUGGUCCAUGGUCAAGCGUGAAGUGUCCAGCAGCCCAGGGUCGCCGCCGGCUGAACAGAGCUACCUACACGGUGACAGGAGGGACCGUCACGCGUCGGAGGAGCUGAGAUCACCGGCGCCGCCGACGCAUCUUGACACAGUGGGAGGCCGACGCACCGAGGGCAGGCCCCUACACUCCUACGUCCACUUUGGACAACCCAGCAACGCCCUGCCCAACUCGGAGGACAUUACGCUCUUCACAGACUUAGACCAAGGCAAUAAGCUCAUCAUCUCGGGCGGUGCGCACAAGGGAGGACUCAUCGUGGACCCCACCGACAUGUAUCAGACCCUGGCCAUCGCCGCUGCCCAGAGUCAAACCAGUUAUGACUCUCCUACAGCCAGUUACAUGCACUCCAACCCGAACUCUCCCGUGUAUGUGCCAACUUCCCGCGUGGGGCCCAUGAUACCGAGCCUGCCUUACUUGCAACCUAGCGUGUCAUCGCAGCCAAGCCACGCGGUAAGCAGUCACACGGUCUGGUCGCAGUCAACCCCAGAGAGCCCUUCCUAUACCACCGGGAGCCCUCAUACCUCCAACCGUUUUCACUACUCCCCAAGUCCGCCCAUGAAUAAUGGCACAUCCAGGGACACCAGCUAUACCAACCCGCUGAAUGUAAAUAGCCGCGACCAGUACCUCUCCCGACCCAUAAGUGGAUCUUACACCAGUCCGUACUCUCCGUAUGUGGGGCCACAACUCUCGCAAUUGCCUACCGCUUGGCCCGGAGGCCCCUUCGAGAAUUCCAUGCUUCAUUCCUUGCAAACCAGAGGCGCGCCCCUGUCAAUUCGAGGACCAAACGAUAUACUGGAUGACAUGGUUGAGAGCCGAGAGUGCGUCAAUUGCGGCUCUAUUUCCACCCCGCUGUGGAGGCGCGAUGGCACAGGUCACUUUCUCUGCAAUGCCUGUGGUCUGUACAGCAAAAUGAAUGGACUCAGUCGGCCAUUAAUUAAACCUCAGAAGCGUAUGUCAUCAUCGAGACGGAUUGGGUUGUCCUGUGCUAAUUGCCAGACCAGCACUACAACAUUGUGGCGUAGAAACGCAGAGGGAGAACCAGUGUGUAACGCAUGUGGACUUUAUACAAAAUUACACGGGGUACCCCGGCCCCUCGCUAUGAAGAAAGAAGGAAUUCAAACGAGGAAAAGAAAACCAAAAACCCUGAACAAAUCAAAGGGAUCAUCCGGAAGUACUUCUGUUCCCAUGACUCCAACAUCUUCGUCAUCUUCCAAUUCCGAGGAGUGUUCGAAGACCAGUCCUCCAUCGACGCAGGUGUCUGCGACCGCGGUGAACUCCUCCACUUUGGCUGGCCAAGUUGAGGUACCAGGCACCACCGCAGGCUCCAUUGUGAAAUAUCCAGGCCAGGAGGGUCUCUACACCAACGUGGGGCUCACGUCCACCGCUGAUGUGGCGGCCUCUGUUCGAGGGGACACUUGGUGCACCAUGGCCUUGGCCUGACUCUGUCUGGCGGGACGGCGGCCAUUUCGCAGGACCCCGACUCCCAGGACCGUCCUGCUGCCGUUGUCCUUAAAAUGGCUGUUCACGUUCCUGGCUGGGAGUGCGUUGGUGUUGUUCCUGACUUCAAGGUCCAAGUUCAUUUCCCUUUCUCUCAAGACUCGGCGAGCUGACACAAAUGCACCAAGAGUGGCUUUAUUUCUUAUGCUCCUGACCGUUUUGAUUCAUCCAUGGAGAUAUUCUUAAUGGAUGUUGGCAUUCAUCUGGAAGACUUGUCAGUGCCUUUCCAAAAAAAGGAGAACAUUAUAGAUGAGGUAUACGCUGAUUGAUUCCUCACAACCUGCAUUUUGGUACUCUGAGAACACGCACUGCACUAUGGGGCAUCAUUCAAUGGAGUAAGUGGAUCAAAAAUGUAAUCUUAUUUUUAUUUUUUAUUUCUUUUUGAAAAAUGAAUUAAUGUAUAUAGAAUACUAAUGGAUAUAUAACGCCCCUCUGAAGACAAAGUUGUUGAUUUAAUUUGAGUGCUCUGAACAGAAAAAGAAAAAAAAAAAAACCCUUUUCCCUAAAGAAAAGAAAAAAAAGUUUGAUCUCUCUGCAACUGGAAUUGAAGAAAAGAACGAAGAUUUACUUCCUGAAUGAAUGCAAUAGUAUUUAUGAAUCUAUGAUUAUGUCGCAGUAUGUCUGUGUUUGUCAAUAAAGGUAAUGUUAAAUAGAGUAGGACUGAGGCCUUGCUCUUGCUGUAAUUCUUUCUUUUCUUGCAUGUUGUAACAGUUGCCAAUGGCGAGGAUGUUGCUCACAAAUCUGCACCUGCUCCAUUUUUGAAGCUCUUAUGGAAUUGGAUUGAUAAUUGAAUGUUUUAAUACAGGGUAUAUCAGAGACAAGGAUUGUUUAACUGUCGUUGCUUCUUUGUUUGAUUUUAAUUUUCCACAUGAUAGACAAUCAGUGUUAAAUCAAAAACGAUCUGAUUUAACACCUGAUUUAGGUGACAAGAACAUUGUAAACGGUAUGGUACUAUUUUGUAGAUUUUGUUUUGGCUGAUUCAGAAGGACUGAAGGGGCAACAUUGCAUGGAAAGUUUGACAUUAACAAAACAGAACACAGAAAUAACAAUAUCUAUGUAUCCACCCAGCAGAACAAAUGAAAGUCAGGUUCCUUUAUAACUGAUGUUACAAUACUAAAACUGCAAAAGUGUAUUUUACAUGUAACAGAGACUUAACUACCUAACUUGUGACGUUGAUGUAUAAAUAUCAAUGGCUACUUUUAACCUCCUGUUAUUAUUUUCUGACAAUUUACAUACAGUUCUGCGGCCUCUAGGUUUGAUGUUUGAGUUGACAGACAAAAGCUUGGAGAGCUGUUUGUUUUAAGCAAUAAACUGCAAGAGAUAUAUAAACAAUUGUUGAAAAAAAAAAUGGGUUUCCAUAUGAAUUAUCGUUCCAGCCUUUGAUGUGAUAUAAUGAUAAUGAUUUUGAUUAUGAUUAUCACUGAUAAUCCAUCAAAGCAGCGUAGCUUGGUCAAACGUCUCAAGUGGUAUUAGUUCAUGGAUUCAGCUUCAGAACAGACAUAUGUUGGAUCAUGCAUCUCUUCAACACUUCUUAUCAUCGCUCGGAAUGGAAGUCUGCUAUGAGGGCAGACUCAAAGAAUCUAACCAAAGGCUGCAUCUGUUCCAAUUUGAAUGGGAAGAAGUACAAAUUUGUGAGGGACAUUGAUGAGUUCUGUCAGCUGGGACAUUUUUAAGCAACUCAUGGAGCAUUUAGGUGCGGUGAAUCUUUCUCUUUAAAAAAAAAAAAGAAGGCCUAUUUAUUUCUUAUUUUUAAAAUGUGUCUCUUAGAAGUGUUUUUUUUUCUUGUUUUGUUUUGGAUCAAUGUGUUUGUAAUGUCUUUGUUGUGUUUUCCUGACGUAUUGUCAGUUUGAAUACAUUUUGGUUUCCUCAGACUGGUUGUUCUACUGUAGAGUUUGAGAUUGAAAUGGUGUCUGAGAAAUAUGCCAAAGUGUCAUUUUAAGCUGAACAUGACAAUUCUUUGUUUGUUGGUUCAGCAGUGACGUUCAGGAGUGUCAUAGUUUUGAAAAUGAAAAGUUGACUCUUAAAUUUGUAUUUAAGUAUUCUAACUUCUCUCUCUCUCUGCUUCUGAAACAAGUCAGUACUUCUGACAAGACAUCAAAUGUUGUUGUUUUUUCUUUGUUUUGUUUUGUUCAUUAUCAUGAAAGACUUUAUGUCUUUUCAUUACAGACAUCUUGCUGCAUUACUUUAUUGGAGUUUGUCCAGAUUUGCAGAUUCAAGCAUAUUCUACUUAGAAAAGUAGUAAAGAUAAAGGUAUUCUAUGUCAACUGCUGACUUUGACUAAUGGAGUGAUGUCAUCACAUUAAAUAUAAAAUUCAAAUGAGUAGUUUCCAUCUGAAUGUUGAGUGAAUACUUGCUCUCCAGUUAGGUUCACUGAAAUACUGUACUGGGAACAAUAAAUAAGAACCAUCAUUGAG